AUGGUAAUCGAGAGAGGUAUAGAUAAGUUGGUUUGGAAAUUGGACAAAAAUGGUUAUGUCGAUAAAGAUGGGUUGAAGAAAGGCGCUUGGAGCGAAGAUGAAGAUACUAAGUUGCGAUCUUAUAUCGUCAAAUACGGCCAUUGGAACUGGCGAUUGCUCCCAAAAUUUGCCGGGUUGCAAAGAUGUGGAAAGAGCUGCAGAUUGCGAUGGAUGAAUUACCUGAAACCCGAUGUGAAAAGAGGGGAAUUCAAUCAAGAAGAAAGAGAUCUCAUCGCCAAACUUCAUUAUGAACUCGGACACAAGUGGUCUGGGAUUGCAGCCAAACUGCCGGGAAGAACGGACAACGAUGUCAAAAACUACUGGACGACUCAUCUCCAGAAAAGGGGAAAAUGGGGUGAGAUUUCCGAGGAAGAAAAAUCAAGCAAUAAUCGCAAGAAAAUGGAAAAAUCAUCAUCGAGAAGCGAUGUUACGUGGGUAGAUCCGAAAUCAGAAAAGACGAAGGUAUCUAAUUCUGAGAUGUUUAUUCUGGAAUCAUCCAAUUCGAAUUCAUCACUAGUUUUGAAUGCUUUCAAUUGGGAUUUGAAUUUAUCUGUGGAGCAAAAUGGCCUUGAAACUUUAUAAAGGGAUUCCAAUUUGUCAUUCUUUUUGUUGCCCAUCAAUUAAGACCCAACUUUCUUUCUUCUUUUUUUUUCAUUUUUGUAAUCAUAUUUUUUUCAUGAUUCAAGGACAGUUUCUGACUCAGCCAUUCUUUCUCUUUUUUGUUGGUUGUUCUUUUUUUUCUUUUCUUUUCUUUUCUUUUCUCAAUUCGACUUCCCAUUCUAAUUGUAACUAGAAAUUUGUUGUAUUAGAGUCGAAAUAAUGUAACGUGUAUAUGAGUCCUACAUAGGAGUACACGUGAAUACGUCAAAACGAAAUUGGAUGGACUAAUAUGGCAAUAGCCCAAUAAUCAGCUUAAUGAUCAAAUAUGGGCCAAUUUCUGGACUGCUCUGUUUUAGCUUCAUCAUUCUAUACUCUACUAACAUAUUGGGCCAUAUCUUUCGGCCAUUACAAAUGUUUUACUUUUUGUUGGAUCAGCUGCAUUGCAUGUAAGUUGAAACCAAUGAAAACCUUGUCUUUAGGCCACAAUGGAACUGGGCUAACCUGCCGCAAAUUUUCCAAUUUUCAUAUAUGACAAGAAAUAAAACAGGGAAUGGAUCCCCUGCUGUGGUAAAUUGCACAGCAGGGGUUGCUGUGUAUACAAAACGCAGAAUUUUGACUAUAAAACGCAGUUAGUUGAUUUUUCAUAUGUUUAUAUGCAUUAUUUUAUUAUCCUUGCAUUUAUUUAUUGUUAUAUCACUUUGGCAGCUUUAAUUUUACUUUCUUUGUUAA